GUUCCGUGGAUUUUCAGGUCAUUCCGAGAACUUUUGUUUCUGCACAUAGAUAACACCAUGGAAAGUCUAUUGAAAACAGUGUCAAUCCGGGUUAGUUCCAUUCAAAUCAUGCAAGUUAGAGUCCAAAACAAGGGCAAAAGUGUUUGGAAACGUAGAUACGACGGAGACGUAUCAUUGAACCAGUGGGGGCACGCUGAGUGCACCCACCGGGUGUAGUCCCCGAGACUACUGUUGAAUGUUUGAUUCGGCAGUAGUCUUAGAAAUCUUUGAACUUGUUACUUUAUUGCGUCUGUCGACUGACUAUCCUCUGACCAUACAAUUCUUGUGAACUUGGAGCUCGGUGUGCUGACCUGGAGCAGAAGCAGAUCUAGCUCAAUCUUGAUCUGGAGUUAGCCAAGACGAAUUGCAGAAGGCUAAGGAUGAUGUUGCUGAGAAAAUGAACCAGGCUUUGGCGAAGAAGGAUCUUGACCUUGCAGCAGCACAGAAAACAGCAGAAGAGAAAACGACACUCGCCGACCAGAAGCUGGCAUCAGUCGGAAAGCUGGAGGAAGAGAACACCAAAUUGAAGGUUGCCCUUGAUGAAGCGAACAAAGAGGCGACCCGGCUGAAGAAGGACAAAAGGAACCUGACCGAGAAAGUGGAAGACAUCGCCCGCAAGAGAGACGAGCUGGAGAAUUAUCUUGGAGGACUCGCCAAGAAGUUAUUCCUUAUGCUUGAAGAAUUCUGCCAGAACUUCGAGGAAGAGACUAGGCGGAUUGAGACGAGCUUGGACCCCAUCCUCUCCCCUGUUAAGGAUGAAGCUGCCAUGAACGUGCUCCGACUGGAAUCUCGUCUUGCUGGCGUCGUCGACUACCUCGCUCUACUGAAGGUUGCGGUGUCGCGAAUCGACACAGCGCUCUGGCAAAGGGGGGCGCUCCAGAAUGACCUCGAGUCUCUGAUGACUCGACCCAAUGAAAUCCCCGGUCGAGUGCAGGAAUGGAAGAAGUCUUCUGCCCGAUGUGGUGCUGAUGUGGCUCUAUCUCUGGUUCGCGUCCACUACAAGGAAGACAAAGAAGAGAAGCUAGCAGCGAUCAAGGUUGCCAACACCAAGAAGCUUGACUUCCACUCCUUCAUGGAGACUUUUAUUGCUGCUGCCACUUGAAUUGCAGAUGGAAUCGACUUGGAUGAGUUCGUCGAGCCUGCCAGUCCUCCUCUUGCAGAGUGAACAAACUUUUAUGAUCCGAUUAAAUUUGCCUCGGUAUGCCGAGUGGUUUUGUAACCAUUAAACUCCUUCGGGCCUGAUGCCCGAGUACUUUAAUCUGCGGUCCGGAACCUUGUGGGAUUUAUCUUAAACUUGCCUUUCUUUGAAUAUGCUU